AUGACCUCUCAAUCGACUAUGGCGCCUUUCUGCCUUCUUUCUAUGUUGUUCAUCGCAUCAUCCGAUGCAGCACCACUCUUGUUUAGUGAUAAUGACAACUCAGAGGUAGAAGGUAGAAUUGUUGGAGGAACAAAUGCACAACCUGGUGAAUUUCCGUUUUUCGUCCAGUGGACGGGGUGCGGAGCAUCGUUGAUUCACGAGGAUAUCAUCUUGACUGCAGCACAUUGCUCUCCCAUUGACUCGGAGGAUGUUAUUGUGGGUGCACAUUCCAAAUACCAAACAGAGGGCCCACCAAUCAAUUCUGUCGAACGAAAAAUUGUCGAACGGCGGAUACAUGAGAAUUAUGAUGCUAGUGCAAUCAUCAAUGACUUUAUGGUUAUGAAACUGGAUAGAGCUGUGGACUUGCCAUCUGUGAAAUUAAAUAAAAAAGCGGACGAGCCAGCGUAUGGAGAUAGCGUCACAGUGAUCGGAUUGGGCUCCACAAGGGGAAGACGGGACACGGUCUUCAAUACCUUCCAGGAUGAAGAUGAAGGUGAAGAUGAAAUUAGUACCAGAAAUAUCAAACUACAAAAGGUAGAUAUUGAGAUCAUCCCCCAUUCUGAAUGCAAUGGAAACACGAUGUACAAUGGAUUGAUCAAGGAUGAUUCCAUGUUGUGCGCUGGCGAUAGGCAGGGAGGUAAAGAUGCAUGUUUUGGUGACUCUGGAGCACCGCUUUUUGAAGUUGAGAAUGGAGCGUACAAACAAAUUGGUGUGGUCUCCUUUGGUGCUGGCUGCGCAAGACCCGACCGACCUGGAGUAUAUGCUAGAGUCAGUUCAGCGUAUGACUGGAUUCAUGAGCAAAUCUGCGAACUUGCAGACAACCCACCAAGUUCCUGCAAUCCCACUGGAAGUCCAACACCUUUGCCAUCCCUCAGACCGUCAAAAGAUCCAGGGGUGGUAUCUAUUGCUCAAGUGACAGACACUCUAUCACCGUCCUCUGCGCCGUCUCGAGGGUUUUCCUCCAAUGCGUUUGAUUUAAUACACUUUUCGUUUUCGGAAGAUGAGCUGCUUGACAGUAUAGAUGGAGAAGUCACACAGUUUGUGGGUGUCGAGGAACCAACCUCCAGUCCAACUGCAGCCACAGCAGUGAUCGCCGAGUCACCGGGAGAAGCGAGAGCACAAGGGACGCCAUCCUCUUCACCAAUGAGCUCAGGAGUCUGGGUUGGUGUUUUUAUUCCAGUUCUCGGCACCAGUUUGCUGCUUCUACUUUCAUGA